AUGGCUGAAGUGACCUCUGAGGACACAGUGGCAGGGCUACCACCUGCCCAGAAAGGCCUGAAAAAACUCCGCUCUUUUCCCGACGAGACACCGACAGGCGAAAGGCGGCACAUCCACGGCCUCCCAGCGCCCGCGCCCGCUGCCAAGGCCGCCGCCAAGAAGCCGAAGAAGGCGGCGGGCGGCUCCAAAGCCCGCAAACCCGCCGGCCCCAGCGUCACCGAGCUGAUCACCAAGGCCGUGUCCGCCUCCAAGGAGCGCAAGGGGCUCUCCCUCGCCGCGCUGAAGAAGGCGCUGGCCGCCGGCGGCUACGAUGUGGAGAAGAACAACAGCCGCAUAAAGCUGGGGCUGAAGAGCCUCGUCAGCAAGGGCACCCUGGUGCAGACCAAGGGUAUUGGUGCAUCUGGGUCUUUCCGCCUGAGCAAGAAACCUGGGGAGGUGAAAGAAAAAGCCCCCAAGAAGCGGGCAGCCGCGGCCAAGCCGAAGAAGACGGCGGCCAAGAAGCCCGCCAGCGCUGCUAAGAAGCCCAAGAAGGCGGUGACAGCAAAGAAGAGCCCGAAAAAGGUUAAGAAGCCGGUGGCCAAGAAAGCGGCCAAGAGCCCUAAGAAGGCGACCAAGGCAGCCAAGCCCAAAAAAGCGGCUGUGGCCUCGAAGAGCCCGGCCAGGGCGAAGGCGGUGAAGGCCAAAGCAGCCAAGCCCAAGGCAGCGAAGCCUAAAGCAGCCAAGGCGAAGAAGGCGGCGCCCAAGAAGAAGUAA